AUGGAUUAAUAAUUAGAAUAAGUGAGUGUUGAUAUUCAGAAAAUUGUAUAUAAAAAAGCAAUGUUACAUGCUUGUAAAUAUUCCACUGAAGAUGUUAUUGGUAUUGAUUAAUCUAAUGAUAUAGGAAUUUUGAUUGGUUAAAUUAAUGAUAAUAAUAUUAAUAUUGUAGAUGCAUAUCCUUUAUUUCAUUCAAGAGUUAGUUUAAACAUUUUGGAAGUAUCCUUAGAUAUUGUAAAUGAAUGUCCAAAUCAUAAAAUUAGAUAUCAAGUGAAUUGUAAAGUGAUAGAAAGAUUAUUGGAAUAUAUGAGGCUAGAGCAAAUUCUAGAGGAAUUAUGAGUGAAAUAGCUUAAGAAAUGUUAAAUAAUAUAAAUUAAAAAUAAGCAAUUUUGAUGAGAAUUUCAUAAAUUGAAGUUGAUGAUAAUCUUGUGUUAAAUGCUAAAGUAUAAUUUUGUAUUAUAAUUGUAAAGAUAGUUUCUUUGAAUGAGAAUAUUAAAUAUGUGAUUAAUUCUUCAAGUACUUUAGAGUGGAAGAUUAUUUAAGAUUGUUUAAAAGCUGGUCUUCAUUGGAAAAUUAUAGAUUUUGAUGCUCAUUUUGAAAAUGUAUAAUUAAAUUUCCGAAAUCAGUAUUUAGAAUGAA